AAAAUCAGAAAACAUGAUGGGUGUUGAACAUAAAAACCAACUUUUGCAAGGGCCCUGGUAUAAAACACAGUAAUUGACAAAGAGGACGCGCGCACAUGGCAGGUAGGUUGGUGGUGGCGCUGAUGGCCCAAUCGUGCACAUUAGCAACUCCACCAUCCGCCGUAGCCGCAAUUUCCCUCAAACUCUCCCGCGCCGCUAUCCUUCGCCCUCCACCUUCAUACGCACCAACAUCACUUUCCACUCGAACAAUCACAAUGAACAUCAACAGUCAAGAACAACAGCAGGACAAUCUCGACGGCAUAUUCAAGCAGAAACGGAUCCUACGGUCCAAAGUCCGCAAAGCCCUCAAGGCCAUGGACCCCACACUCAGAUCCCAUGAAGAUAAUGCAAUCCAGAGUAUUGUGUUGGAAGCUCCGUGGUUUAGAUCUAGUCAAAGAUUAUGUGCAUACAUAUGCUGCAGUGCUUUGAGGGAAGUUGAUACCUCCAACGUGUUGUCUGCAAUUCUUCAAAGUCCACUCAAAGAGGGUGAUGUGCAGGUGAGGAAAAAGCUUUAUGUUCCGCGUGUAGAGGACAAGAAUUGUCACAUGAGAAUGCUCAACAUCUCAUGUAUUGAUGAUCUUGUUGCGAAUUCGAUGAACAUUUUAGAACCAGCUCCAAUCGAUGCUGAUGGAAAUGAACGGGAAGAUGUUUUACAGGCAAGCGACCCAGUUGAUUUGUUCCUCUUACCGGGACUAGCAUUUGACAGAUCUGGGAGACGCUUGGGUCGUGGUGGAGGUUAUUAUGAUACCUUCCUGAAGAACUACCAAGAGCUUGCAAAAACACGCAAUUGGAAGCAACCACUCCUUGUUGCACUGUCCUAUUCUGUACAAAUAUUGGAUGAAGGUGUACCGGUCACUCCACAUGACAUUCUGGUGGAUGCGCUUGUGUCCCCGGCGGGUGUUAUUCCCAUCAGCCCAGCAGCUUUAGACAGGAUGAGGCCUUGAUAACAAAACUAGAAGCUUUCGUCGUAGAUCAGAUCCUCAUGGAGUUGGACUCUGGCUUCCCCUUGAUCUGUUAAAGGAAAUAAUCUUGGUCUGCCUGAGAUACAGGGCUCGGCCAGCGUCGUCAAAUGAAUCCGCGAAGUUCUGGUCUUCUGACCCUGAUCCUUUACUAGACUUGUGUGUGGCAAACUUGACUGCCUCCACGUCAUCUAGCAACUUCCCCUGCAAACUCCCCUCAGAGGU